AUGGCUCCAGAGAGAUCUCCUACCGAGACUUCUCCUUUGCUGGGGUCAAGCAACGGCACAGUGUCCAACGGAACGAUUCCCGAUAACAAUGUGGAAUCAGGAGUUUCGACCCAAGAUGAGCAGGUGAAGGAGCCAUUUCCUGAUGCUCAGAAGCAGCUCAAAUACAUUGUGCCUGCGAUCUCACUUGGAAUCUUCCUGUCGGCGGCAGAUCAGACAAUUAUCAUGGCCAGUUAUGGUCAGAUUGGUAGUGAUCUGAAGUCUCUCAAUCUAACCAGCUGGAUUGCAACCUCGUACUUUUUGACUCUGACCUCUUUUCAGCCUCUUUAUGGAAAACUGAGCGAUAUCUUUGGCCGCAAGCCAUGCCUGCUUUUUGCAUAUGCCAUUUUUGGUAUUGGCUGUCUGUUCUGCGGUCUGGCACGGAAUAUCAAUGAAUUGAUUGCUGCUCGGGUCUUUCAAGGCAUUGGCGGUGGUGGUAUGACUACUGUUGUCAGCAUCCUGAUGAGUGAUAUUGUUCCCCUUCGUGACCGAGGUGUGUGGCAAGGUAUCAUCAACAUCAUCUACGCCACAGGAUCCGGUACGGGCGCGCCGUUGGGAGGAAUUUUGGCUGAUUAUAUUGGCUGGCGUUGGGCUUUCCUAGCACAGUUCCCCAUUUGCAUCGUGGCAUUUAUUGCCGUGUCUUUUAUGCUAAAGCUUCCUGCCCGUGAGAGCACUCAUUGGAAAACCAAACUGCGUCGGAUCGAUUUCCUUGGCGCUAUUGUUCUUGUAGGGGCUGUUCUUGGCUUCUUGAUUGGUCUUGACCGUGGCAGUAAUGUAUCAUGGAAAUUACCCUUGACUAUUGCCUCGCUGAGUGUCUCCGCUGUCUUGUUUGUCAUCUUCAUCCUGGUUGAGGUCUACCUGGCAGCUGAGCCCUUUGCACCGGGCCACAUUAUCUUCAACCGCACUUUCUUCGCUUGCUAUGCUUGCAACUUUUUCAGCUUUGGAGGUUGGCUCGCUGCGCUGUUCUAUAUCCCGCUAUACUUCCAAGCAGUUGAUGGUGUCUCCGCUACCAUCGCUGGUUUGCGUCUGUUGCCAAGUAUCCUCUGCGGUGUUUCCGGCUCAUUAUUUGCGGGCAUGCUAAUGAAGUGGUAUGGAAAAUAUUACUGGCUGACCGUUGCUGCGUAUGCUUCCCUAACAACGGGUUGCUUCUGCAUCUAUCUGUUUUCCGGAGGCGCUGUAACUAGCACUGUCCCUAUGAUCCUGGGAAUGACGAUUGCGGCAUUUGGAAACGGCAUUGGCGUCACCACGACUUUGAUCGGCUUGAUUUCCAACGCUACUUAUGAAGACCAAGCGGUUGUAACUGCUUGCUCUUACUUGUUCCGCUCAUUGGGAUCCGUAAUUGGACUCUCAUUAUCAUCAACUGUUGUUCAACAACUCCUGCGAGACCGACUGAGAUCUGGACUAAAGAACAGCAAGAACAUAGAUCAGAUUGUUGAAGGCGUGCGAGAAAGUCUCGAUUUCAUCAAAACCCUAGAUCCAAAAACCGCCCGGAUUGUCCGGGAUGCUUAUGGCUGGUCCACCAACAAGGGAUUCGCCUUUAUGGUUGGUGUGGUAUUCUUUGCUCUGUUGAGCGGCUUCUUCAUUCGCGAAACCAAGCUUAGCCGCUGA